AUGGUUUCUACUUACCUCGAUAUUCAAGUGCCACGCUUGGAAUAUUCAGUGAAUUGUAAAUCCAACUCUAUGCUUCCCACCACAAAUAUCGAAGCCCCUAUGGACCUUUCGGACGACCGCCGAAAAGCGCAACACAUCGAAUUACUCGCCGACAGCGUACCCGACGGCUCUCUAACCAGCACGCAAUACUGGGCGCAAGAAGAGCAAAAGCUAUCAUACAUCCGCACAGCUCUUCACGAGAUCUCGCCGUCCUUCCAGCCUGGCGUGCGCGACAACCUAGAAACGGCCAAAGCUACUACUCGCUCGCCCGCGCGCGGGCCAUUCGCCCGCUACAUCCUGCGCGACGGUGAGAUAUUUGCCGAGCCCGACGAUGGCCCGCUGGUGAAGGUGCACGAUCUUCGCGGAUGCAUCGCCGUUGUGGAUAGCAACCAGUACGAGAAGCCCAGAAAUAGGCUGUGGACUACAGAGCAUGACAGCUGGAUCACCACCGCCGAUCGGAACCCCGAUACCCCCCUCGCUGCGCUGGAUCAAUCUCAGUGGCUCGAGUCGAGACUGUUUACCCUCGACAUGGACAUACUGGAGGCGAAGCUGAAGAUUGCAGUUAAGGAGGAAGAGCGCAUGUUAACGGAGGGUGUCGAUCUGUUUGGGUUCCCCAGGGUGGUUCCGGCAAGGACCGCGGAGUUAAAGCUGGGGGCGAAAGAGGAUGCACCGUCGCCACCGAGCUCUGCGUUCAAGCUGAAUCCCACGGCUAAGCCUUUUGUUCCGGGUGCGGUGGCCAGGUAG